CUCAUCAAGAAUCCUUUCCGCAUCUUUUGGGUGAAAGAAACGAAACCACAGGAUUCCCUCCUCGCCUUGCGUAAUUUGAACACCCAUUGCUGGCUUCCAGACUGAAGCAAUCACAUUCUUGAAGAUAUCAAAUUUGAUCGGCUUGUCUGUGAGGAGUCUUCCAACGAUGUUCCAUGUUUGGUCAUCGCCUAGAUUCGUAUGAAUUCCGCUAUCGGCUUCAAAGGAGAUGCCAAUUUCCUCCUCCCCCAAGUCCAGAUUGUCCAUCGUGGCUUGAAGUGUUCCCGCCCAAAAAUAUUGGGCUGGGUCACUACCAAAUGGGCCUGUGAGAUGGAGAGGUGGAAAAUGAGGCCUAAAGCUUACGCUGUACGCCGGUUCUUCUUCCGUUGUACGCUUCCUGGAAAAGCUUACGCCGUACGCUCCCAAAAGGCAGCGUAUUAGAGAAGCCAAGUUGUCGCUGCUUUUCUUGGUUUUUUCGCCCUUCGGCUUCUUAUUUUUAGAUCCGAAAAAAAUUUAGGGAUCUCUUCUCUCGGCAAAGCAUCUAGGAUUUACAGCAGGCCUUCAAUUGGAACAUCUUGCUUCUAUGGGAAAUUGCAUCUACAAUUUCCUUGAGCUUAACCUCGCCGAUGGAGGAAACCAACGCAGCAUAGAGGACAACGAUUCGGUAACACCCUAUUUUCAUUUUCUAUUUUAUUUUUUAAAAUAUUAAUUGAAUUUUUAGAAAUUGGAGAUGGAGAACCAUUCGGUUUCAAAGAGAGUUUGAUGCACUGCUUCUCAAAUCUACGGACUUCCGCCUUCUCGAGUACGCUACUAAAAUUUCCCGCCAUUAACGGAGGAGCUUCGGCCAAAAAUUGCAGCUACAGGCUCUCAACGUUUGAUGAGAAAUGUUUGAGGUUGUUUUUAUGAUGAAUACAGAUCCUUCUUAACAAGGUUCUAAUUAAGUUUGAAAAGAUGAGAAGCAACCGAAGCAUGGCUCCGAGUGAAAAAGAGUAAGUGUUUCUUUUUGUUUUCUUUUCUACUGUGUCACUAAAAUGUGAUGCUAUACGACUUAAAAAAGUAGAGCAAUCUACCUAAAUAGGACUAAAACAUAAUGACUUUGUCAAAGUAGGACCAUAUGUUUUUAUUUCCGAAUAUAGGAUCUUUGGUCAUUAUUCUUUAGUCAUUAUUCAAGUAAUGUCUAUCAUUGCUGGGCAUUAUUCCUUCCACGAAGACAUUAUUAAGUCCUAUUUAGGGAAUAAAAAAGUUUAAAUCCUAGAUUAGGAAAGUCAUUAUGUUUUAGUCCUAUUUAGUGCAAAUUUCACAAAAAAGUAAGCAUUUCUUGAAUUCUUUUCUACUGUGUCAUUAAAAUGUGAUGUUAUAUGUUACUCCAGUGAAGUUCAUAUGUUACAUAAUGUGGAGUAAUCCAUUUCUUAACCUCUCUUUAAUUUUACUUUGAUUAGAAGAUAUUAACUCGCAAAUUUGCAAGCGCAGUCACAACCAUUUCAUCAUCCAAACUUCAUAUUAUUUUGUCUAUUCACAUGACAACAUGCUUAUUUAGUUAAUAUAAAAAACUAAAAAUGUAUCGUAUUGCAGAUGAGCUUUUAAAGCAUUGUGCUUUUACCACUAGAUUUUUGAAUGUAAAUAAUACACUUAAAUAGUGUGGCCAGAUGUUCUUUACCUUUAAGCUUCUUUAGAUACCUUUUACUUUUGAAAGUGACUUUCUUAAUGCUUAAUAAAGAGUCUUUUUGGGCAAUUCAAUGGAGAUAGGAUUCUUAUUUGGGAGAAUCCAUCCUAAAAGAAGAAAGAAAAAAGACUGAGAUGCAUUAUUUGAGAAUAUAAAUGAGUUAAUGAAGAUAUAUUUUACCAUUUUCAUUGGUUAUAACACUUGAAAUAAUCUUCAUCUCUUGACUUCUUGCCUUCAUGUUAACCCUGUUUUUCACUGACAGAAUAUUCCACCGGGCUAGGUAUUGAUGACAGUUAAAUCCCAACCGUGUGCGUAGUAAAGUUGGUGUGUGCCUCCAUGCAAAUUUUAUGUCAAAUCAAAAUAAAUAAAUGCGUAGUGUAUUGAUAUGGAACCAUGUGCAUACUAAUGUUGGUGUGUGCCUCGCUGCAAACUUUAUGUUAAAUCAAUGUAAAUAAAUAAGUAGUGUAUUGUUUUUGAACUGCGUGCGGAGUAAAAUUGGUGAGUGACUCCAUGCAUACACUAUGUCAAAUCAUAUUAAAUGGGUAGAUUGAUU